CCGCGCAGGCGACAGUCGUUUAAUAAAGAGUAGUCGCUUUGACAGCACGAGCACUCGUGGGGACGACAGCCGUGCCAACAGCAGCCGUGGAGACGACAGCCGUGCUGACAGCAGUCGUGGAGACUACAGCCGCGCCGACAGCAGUCGUGGAGACUACAGUCGCGCAGACAGCAGCCGCGCAGGCGACAGCCGUGCAGACACCAAAAGUCGAUCCCCUCGGUACUAACAGAGAAGUGACACGACUAGGUGUUACAAUGUGAAUUUAUGUGAUGAAAGUGGAAAGAAUCGCAAUCACACACAGACAACAGCUGAAAGCUGAAAGUACCUACGACCUAACAUGAAAGAGUAGUGUUCUCGAUUUCUUGUGAAUGGACAAAGAGAACGCAUAUCGAAUCUCUAUCAUAGUAACUAUGAGCACAAUUUUUGCUAGUAGUUCUUGUACUCGUUCUACCAGCAUGAUCAAGUCCUCUUCCUCCAAGAAAAGAUUCUACAAUCUAUCAACAUUCUCAACAACAGCAGCCGUGGAGACGACAGCCGUGCUGACAGCAGUCGUGGAGACUACAGCCGCACCGACAGCAGCCGCGCAGGCGACGGUCGUUUGGGUAGCGACUACAGCCGCGCCGACAGCAGUCGUGGAGACUACAGUCGUGCAGACAGCAGCCGCGCAGGCGACAGCCGUGCAGACACCAAAAGUCGACCCCCUCGGUACUAACAGAGAAAUGACACGACUAGGUGUUACAAUGUGAAUUUAUGUGAUGAAAGUGGAAAGAAUCACAAUCACAUACGCACAACAGCUGAAAGCUCAAAGUACCUACAACCUAACAUGAAAGAGUAGUGUUCUCGAUUUCUUGUGAAUGGACAAAGAGAACGCAUAUCGAAUCUCUAUCAUAGUAUCUAUGAUCACAAUUUUUACUAGUAGUUCUUGUACUCGUUCUACCAGCAUGAUCAAGUCCUCUUUCUCCAAGAAAAGAUUCUAAUCUAUCAUUCUCAACAACAUGAACAACAUUCCAACAACAUGAUAUCAGCUCCGCGCCGGUCGCAUAUUAUCCGGAAGACUCAAGUUCAAGUUCCGGUGGCUCAUGGGAGGAGUCAGCUUCGUCCUCCACUCCCUCUUCCUCUUCCAGUAAAGUGGUUCGCUUCAGCGACGAAGUAGCACCAGGCGCCAACAUUGAAGAAGUCUGAAGGAGAACAGAAUAAGGAUGAAGAAGUGAAGACUCCAGUUGUACUUCUACUUAUAUAUGAAUAUAAACAACAAAGGCUACAGACUAGAAGAGACGAGAUCUAGAUAUUUUGAUAAUGUUUCCUCAACAAACAUGUAAAGAGAUUAAAUCGUAUUCGUACCAUUAUAGUACAGCAAAACAAUAGAACGUAUUUUCGGGAACGUCGAUUUCCCAUCAACAUGUCGAGUAGAGAAAACUACAUUUCCGCUGAACCUGAAUCUAGUAGAGAGCCCUAUCACUACCUGUACGUAAGAACUACCUCCUGUUAUAUGAUGUCAUAAUCUAGAACUCCUUAAAAGAACACCAGAGACAACAAACCAGUAUACCUCUCCCACUUGUCAUGUAUUAGUAUUUUCAUAAACAAGAACGUCGAACUCGAACAGGAAACUGAAGUUGUGCAGAAGCAAAAAUCUCAAUCUCUUGCAAAGCAAAACACUACACCAUCAACAUCAAUUUCGAGCCCUCCCUUCUAAUUGCAGGUACGUUAGAUCGUAUUCAUUGUACAGGCAGCCUUCUAAAAGUUCUACUCCUGAUCUUCUGGUAGCACCCCAACCAAGAGUAACGCACAUACACAUGAGACAGAAAAAAAAAAGAUUGUUCUGCUCUAGAUUCAUCUUCACCACCUCCCCUGAAACGAGACACCCUGUUGUAUUUCCCUUUUCAAAAUAGUAUUAUUUCAUUCUCCGAAAAUAGAAAAAUAUUAGGUAUAGGUCGUUCAACAUCUCCAAGUCCAACACCGACGAAUUUCUCCUCAGCACUCGUCCAGACCCCACGAUAUUCCCAACACCUGGAAAACAAAACCUGUAGUUGUGGCACCUUCAUGUAUUUACACGUACAGAAACUCUUGAAACUUCAUGACCACUUGUAGAACGAAUGCUGAUCGCCUUCUUGUUCGUCAAGAAAAAUUUCAUCCUCC